AUGGCAACCUCACUACGGAAUAUUAUCGUUGUUGGCGGCUCGUUCGUCGGACGAACCACAGCUCAGGAGCUCGCACGCAUCGUGCCUUCAACACACCGAGUCCUCUUGACUGAGCCUCAUAGCCACUUCCACCAUCUUUUCACCUUUCCUCGGUUCGCAAUUGUUCCGGGACAGGAACACAAAGCGUUUAUUCCGUACAGUGGGAUCUUCAAUGUGUCGCCCAAUCCCUCCUCCCAUGGCGUAGUCCAGGCUCGCGUUUUGUCGGUCAAGCCCACCCAUGUUGAGUUGGAUCGUGAAUGGCAGGGCUCGAAAGAGGUUCCGUUCGACUACGUCGUCAUUGCUACUGGCACCCGUCUCUCCAAGCCUGCGGCUAUGGACGAUGAUGACAAGGCAUCGUCAGUCGAGUAUCUGCAAAAGCAUCAAGCUGGAGUUAAGAGAUCCCAGUCAAUUUUGAUUGUUGGUGGUGGUGCUGUCGGUGUUCAAAUGGCGACCGAUCUGAAAGAAUAUUAUCCAGAGAAGGAGGUUACCAUGGUUCAAUCCAGGCCGCGGGUGAUGCCGAACUUCCACUCCGGACUCCAUGACCUUAUUAAGAGACGAUUUGAUCAGCUGGAUAUCCGACUCAUCACUGGUUCUCGAGUUACUCUCCCACCGAGUGGAUUCCCCAACGAUGGCAGCAGCUUCGAUGUUCAGCUCACAAAUGGUACAACCGAGUCCACGCAAUUCGUCAUCUUAGCCACCGGACAAACCCCAAAUAACCAACUGGUGGCUGACUUGAAGUCUCCUCGUCCGGACGGUGGGUCAGUCGUCAAUCCGGAUAAUGGAUUUAUUCGCGUUAGACCUACUAUGCAGUUCUUGGAUGAGCAAUACUCGAACCUAUUUGCUGUGGGUGAUAUUGCAGACACCGGUGCGCAAAAGGCCGCUCGGCCAGGCUCGGCACAGGCAGCGGUUGUUGCGAAAAAUAUCCAGGCUUUGAUCGAAGGCCGUGCUGCUGAGGAUACGUUUGUCAAGGGACCUGGGGCCAUUCAUUUGACACUCGGCAUGAAACACAAUGUGAUUUUCCGCAAUCCCAAUACCGCAGAGGGUCAGACAGAGCCUUGGAUCAACCCGAAGGAUGAUGGCCGAGAGGAUAUGAAUGUGGAAGCUAUGUGGGAGAGGCUGGGUAUCUCUGUUGAGAAUCCUCGUCAAUACCACCUGUAG